AUGAAAGCGGCCAUUUUGAAAUGGGCAGCCGAGGACAUUCGACAGAUGAUCCGAAUGAACGACUCGAAACAGUACUUAACGGUGCUGCACCAACGGGGUUCGGUCGGUGACGAUAUCUGGAAACGAUUCACCAUGUCCGAGAAGUUCUUACAACUGGAACUCGAAGAUAUCCGACGAGAAGCCGAGGCCAUCCACCCCAACUGGACCCAGCAACUAUUCCAAACGGCCAGCGAAAUCGCCCAAAACGAGGGUCUCCGUAAACGCAUCAACGAGUUCCCGGCCCAGCAACAGGAGUACCGCCAGGCCUUUGAGGCUCUCCGCGAAAACAGCAUCAAAGAACUGACCUCCGAAAAGAACUAG